UUUUUCCUUCCUCUUCCAGAGCCUCGAGCGAGUUCGCUGGGCAGGAGAGGGGAAAAAAUAUAACUAAACCAGCAACAAGCAACAACAAAACCCACACACACCUUUUUGUAAAGGGAAUCCCUCUUUUUCUCCUGGAUUUGUGGAUGCACCGAUGAGAGAUCCAGCCUUCCCAGGGACUGCCAUGGCUUACCACCCCUUCCACGCACCCCGGCCGGCCGACUUCCCCAUGUCCGCUUUCCUCGCAGCCGCCCAGCCUUCCUUUUUCCCCGCUCUGGCUCUGCCUCCGGCGGCGCUGGCAAAGCCCAUGCCGGACCCCGGGCUGGCCGGGGCGGCCGAGGCCGGGCUCCACGUCUCGGCCCUGGGACACCAUCACCAAGCCGCCCAUCUCCGCUCCCUCAAGAGCCUGGAGCCCGAGGAGGAGGUCGAAGACGACCCCAAAGUCACGCUGGAAGCCAAAGAGCUCUGGGACCAGUUUCACAAGCUGGGCACCGAGAUGGUGAUCACCAAGUCCGGGAGGAGGAUGUUCCCCCCGUUCAAGGUGCGGGUGAGCGGCCUGGACAAGAAGGCCAAAUACAUUUUGCUGAUGGAUAUAGUGGCGGCCGACGACUGCCGGUACAAGUUCCACAACUCCCGCUGGAUGGUUGCCGGCAAGGCCGACCCGGAGAUGCCCAAGCGCAUGUACAUCCACCCCGACAGCCCGGCCACGGGGGAGCAGUGGAUGGCCAAACCUGUUGCCUUUCACAAGCUCAAGCUCACCAACAACAUCUCGGACAAGCACGGCUUUACCAUCCUGAACUCCAUGCACAAGUACCAGCCCAGGUUCCACAUAGUUCGGGCCAACGACAUCCUCAAGCUGCCCUACAGCACGUUCCGCACCUACGUGUUCCCCGAGACCGACUUCAUCGCUGUCACCGCUUACCAGAAUGACAAGAUCACUCAGCUGAAAAUCGAUAACAACCCCUUCGCCAAGGGCUUUCGGGACACGGGCAAUGGCCGGCGGGAGAAGAGGAAGCAGCUCUCGCUGCCGUCCCUGCGGAUGUAUGAGGAGCCCUGCAAGCCCGACCGCGACGGCGGCGAGUCGGAUGCCUCAUCCUGUGAGCCCGCGGCCGUGCGCGAUGCCCUCCACUCGCCCGUGGGUGCCCUCCCCAGCCCCCUGCGCCUCAAGGGCAACAGCAGAGAGGAUAAGCCGGGGGCUGACAGUGACGCAGAGGUGGAGAAGGCACCCGAGGAGCGGCCGGCAGCAGCGGUCAGCCCCAGUGGGGAGGACGCGACGCCCCGUGGCAGCCCCCGGUGCCCAGAGGAGCGGAGCAAGGAGAGACACAGCCCGGAGAAGGUCAAGGAUGGUGCAUCCCCCCGGGAAUGCCCUGGUGAGGGCCUGUUUGGCACACGAGGCCUGGAAAAGGAUAAGGUGGAAGGACGGAGGAAAGAGCCAGACCCGGGCAAGAAGGACAUGGAGGGCAGUGGGCUAGGCAAGGAGGCCUUUGCCCCGCUGAUGGUGCACACGGACAGCCCCCCACACCUGAGUGCUGGGCACUUGCAGAGUCUGGCACUCUCUGGCCUCCAUGGGCAGCAGUUCUUCAGCCCUCUGGGUGCCGGGCAGCCCCUCUUCAUCCACCCAGGACAGUUCGCCAUGGCUCCCGGCGCCUUCUCUGCCAUGGGCAUGGGACACUUGCUGGCCUCGGUGACCGGCGGGGGAAGCCUAGAGAAUGGAGCCCUCUCAUCUGCCCCGGGCACGGCAGGGACAGCCAGCCCCUUCCCUUUCCACCUCUCCCAGCACAUGCUGGCCUCUCAGGGAAUCCCGAUGCCCACCUUCGGCGGACUCUUUCCCUACCCCUACACCUACAUGGCAGCAGCUGCGGCGGCUGCCUCGGCCAUGCCAGCCACCAGCGCAGCGGCCGCCGGGCCGCUCUCCCGCAAUCCCUUCCUGGGCAGCAGCCGUCCCCGCCUGCGCUUCAGCCCCUACCAGCUCCCGGUCACCAUCCCGCCCAGCACCAACCUGCUGACCACCGGCCUGCCCGCCAGCCUCAACCCCGGCUCCGAGGGCUCCAAGGCCAGCAGCAGCCGCGAAUCCAGCCCGCUCCCCGACGUGCCCCUGCACAAGGGGGGCAGCCAGCGCCCCACUGCCUCCCCCAAGGGCUCCCUGAAGGAGUCCCUCAACGAACUGCAAAACAUCCAGAGACUGGUGAGCGGGCUGGAGAGCCAGCGGGAGCUGUCACCCGGCAGGGAGUCCCCCAAGUGACCGACGGGGCGGGCAGCGAGCCCUCCGGCGGGGCGGAGAAGCACUGGUAUUUUGUACAGCACAGUAUAAAUAUUUAUUGCAGAGCAAGGGGUGGGGGACGGACAGGGAAGCGAGGUGCUGGAGCAGAGGGAUGGAGCCCCGCCGGCCAAGCAGACCCACCACCCCAGAGGCAGGAGUGAGAGGUGGGAGCGCAAGGCUCGUCCGUCCCUCCAGCUGCGGGGCUGGGAGCGGCUCCCCGACUCCAGCAUGGCCAUGGAGCCCCCCCGACCCCUCUGCUGCCCCGCUCUGGGCACUGGGCAGCUCUGGGGGUGCAACGAGACCACGCAAAGCCUCAUGACGGAUGGGGCAGCCCCGACCCCCAGCCCCAGCGCUGGUCCCGGGGAGAUGUGCGGGGCCAAAACCUCAUCUGUGCAAGGGGGGUGGGGGUGUGGGGGGGGAGGGAGGAAAAAAGAACUAAAAAAAGGAAAAAAAAAGAAAUAAGAACCGAACCAUGGGAUACAAACCGCCUCGGCAGCCGCCGCCACGCAGAGCGGGUCCGGCGGGGGGAGCCCCGUGGGUACCCGGGCAGAUAUUUAUGAAAUAAAUGGUAAUUUGUGUAAAUAAGCUAUAAGGAUCCCAGAAUAUGCAAAUUAGUAUUAAUUUAUUCAGAGUUGUACAUUGGUGUGUACAUAAUAUUUAGAGUUUAACUCAUCGCAUUUAAGGUUUUUUUUUUGUUUUGGUUUGUUUUCUUUUUUGUUUUUUUUUGUUUUUUUUUUUCAUUUUACAUGAACAUAUAUAUUGUAAAUGAAAACUAUUUAGCUCUUUGUGAUUGAAGGAGAUACCGGUUUCUUGAACUGUGUUUUAAGAUAUUGUUUAUCCCGCCUGUUCUCUAGGACAAUCAUGUGCCACCGGUAAAACAAUUGUUGGAGUCAUUGAAACUAAGGGUUCAAUUCUUUAACGGACUUUUGCAAGGAAAAUAAAACAGCAACGACAGCAAAGAUCGAAUCCAAAAUGUAACGCAAAUAUCGCUGCAGUGCGGGGUAGAGAGAAUGCAGGAAUAAACCUCAGGUUUUUAUUUUUCACUCCAAGAACAAAAAGAAAAGAAAAAAAAAGUAUAAUAAAUUUAAAUAUCACAGGACUGUGCUCUAUAUUUGUUUUAAAAUAAAAAGAUACAUGAUUCGCAA